AUGUCAGCCGAGCAGGACAAUGGCGGCUCUCCCACGGGCGACCACCAGGAGAUGCCUCAGACCGAGCACCUCAACAUCAAGGUGACGGACAACAACAAUGAAGUGUUUUUCAAGAUUAAGCGGAGCACAAAGCUGGAGAAGCUCAUGGUGGCCUUCUGCGAGCGCCAGGGCAAGGCUAUGAGCUCCGUCCGGUUCCUCUUCGAGGGCCAGCGUGUGCAGCCGUCAGACACCCCCGAUACCCUCGAGAUGGCAGACGGUGACACCCUCGAGGUCCACCAAGAACAGGUCGGCGGCACCAACUAA